CUUGAAGCAUUUAUUCCACUGGGAUAUUGAAGGGAAGUGGAGCGGGCACGGUGUGUACAGGCAUCUCUUCAUCCACCUCCAGCCCCUUAGCUGCAGCCACCAUGGCUGGGAUUGUACAUGGCGUCUUGUUUUGUGGCCUCUUUGGAUUUUGUUGGGCAGUGACGGGAUCUAGGAUUUACCCAGCCAGUGAAGUUACCCUGCUGGAUUCCAGGUCAGUGCAAGGAGAGCUUGACUGGAUAGCAAGUCCUUUGGAAGGAGGGUGGGAAGAAGUGAGUAUCAUGGAUGAAAAGAAUACACCUAUACGAACUUAUCAAGUCUGCAAUGUGAUGGAAUCAAGCCAAAACAAUUGGUUACGGACUGAUUGGAUUCCCCGAAGUGGAGCUCAGAGAGUGUAUGUUGAAAUUAAAUUUACCUUAAGGGACUGCAACAGCUUGCCUGGGGUAAUGGGUACCUGCAAAGAGACUUUUAAUCUUUACUAUUACGAGUCCAACAAUGACAAAGAGCGUUUUAUUCGUGAGACCCAGUAUGUAAAAAUUGAUACCAUUGCAGCCGAUGAGAGCUUCACCCAGGUUGAUAUUGGGGACCGUAUUAUGAAGUUGAACACUGAGGUUAGAGAUGUUGGGCCCCUCAGUAAGAAGGGCUUCUACUUGGCCUUCCAGGAUGUAGGAGCAUGCAUUGCCCUUGUGUCUGUCCGAGUGUUCUACAAGAAGUGCCCAUUGACUGUAAGAAACUUGGCACAAUUCCCUGACACCAUUACAGGUUCAGACACUUCUUCCUUGGUGGAAGUCCGAGGCUCUUGCGUAGACAACUCAGAAGAGAAAGAUGUGCCUAAAAUGUAUUGUGGUGCUGAUGGAGAGUGGCUGGUGCCUAUUGGGAACUGCUUGUGUAACACUGGGUUUGAGGAGCGCAAUGGAGGAUGCCAAGCCUGUAAAGUUGGACACUACAAAGCCCUCUCAACAGAUGCCACUUGCUCCAAGUGUCCCCCCCACAGUUAUGCGCUCCGGGAAGGCUCGACAUCCUGCACCUGUGACCGUGGCUAUUUUCGGGCUGACACUGACCCAGCUUCUAUGCCUUGCACUAAACCCCCAUCUGCUCCUCAGAACCUAAUUUCAAAUGUAAAUGAGACAUCUGUGAAUUUGGAGUGGAGUUCUCCGCAGAAUUCUGGUGGAAGACCUGAUGUCUCCUACAAUUUGGUCUGUAAAAGGUGCGGCUCUGAUCUGACUCGCUGUCGGCCUUGUGGCAGUGGAGUGCACUAUAGUCCCCAGCAAAAUGGCCUGAAAACUACCAAAGUGUCCAUCACUGACCUGCAAGCCCAUACCAACUACACAUUUGAGGUCUGGUCCAUUAAUGGUGUCUCCAAGCAGAACCCUGGACAAGAUCAGGCCGUGUCAGUUACUGUGACCACCAACCAAGCUGCUCCAUCAACUGUAACCCAGAUACAGCCAAAAGACAUCACCAGGCACAGCGUGUCUUUGACUUGGCCAGAGCCUGAGCGAGCCAAUGGCGUCAUACUGGAAUACGAAGUCAAGUAUUAUGAAAAGGACCAGAAUGAGCGUAGCUACCGCAUUGUUAAGACAACCUCGCGGAGUGCAGACAUCAAAGGUCUCAAUCCCCUUACGGCCUAUGUGUUCCAUGUCCGUGCUCGAACUGCUGCAGGAUAUGGGGAGUUUAGUGGACCCUUUGAGUUCACCACUAAUACAGUGCCAUCCCCUAUGAUUGGAGAAGGAGCCAGCCCCACUGUGCUUUUGGUGUCCGUUGCUGGAAGUAUUGUCCUUGUGGUCAUUCUCAUUGCUGCUUUUGUCAUCAGCAGAAGGCGGAGUAAAUACAGUAAAGCCAAGCAAGAAGCAGAUGAGGAAAAACAUUUAAACCAAGGAGUGAAGACGUAUGUGGACCCAUUUACUUAUGAAGAUCCUAACCAGGCAGUCCGUGAAUUUGCAAAGGAAAUCGAUGCCUCUUGUAUUAAGAUCGAAAAAGUCAUUGGAGUAGGUGAAUUUGGUGAAGUUUGUAGUGGGCGUCUGAAGGUCCCCGGAAAGAGAGAGAUUUAUGUUGCAAUAAAGACUUUGAAAGCUGGUUACACUGAUAAGCAGAGGAGAGACUUUCUAAGUGAGGCCAGCAUCAUGGGUCAGUUUGACCAUCCCAACAUCAUCCACCUUGAAGGUGUUGUCACCAAAUGCAAGCCAGUGAUGAUAAUUACCGAGUACAUGGAGAACGGAUCCUUGGAUGCAUUCCUUCGAAAGAAUGACGGGCGGUUUACGGUGAUACAGCUUGUGGGAAUACUGCGUGGCAUUGGGUCUGGAAUGAAAUACCUCUCAGAUAUGAGUUAUGUACAUCGGGACCUAGCUGCUCGUAAUAUCCUUGUGAACAGCAAUCUAGUCUGUAAGGUCUCUGACUUCGGCAUGUCUCGAGUGCUGGAAGAUGACCCUGAAGCAGCCUACACAACCAGGGGUGGCAAGAUCCCGAUCCGAUGGACAGCACCAGAAGCUAUUGCGUACAGGAAAUUCACCUCUGCCAGCGAUGUCUGGAGCUAUGGCAUUGUCAUGUGGGAAGUCAUGUCUUAUGGAGAGAGGCCCUACUGGGAUAUGUCCAAUCAAGACGUUAUUAAAGCAAUCGAGGAAGGAUACAGGCUGCCCCCACCAAUGGACUGCCCUAUCGCACUGCAUCAGCUCAUGUUGGACUGCUGGCAGAAGGAGCGUAGUGACCGACCAAAGUUUGGGCAAAUAGUCAGCAUGCUGGAUAAGCUCAUCAGGAACCCAAACAGUUUGAAAAGGACUGGUCUGGACAAUUCAAGCAGAACAAAUACGACUCUGCUGGACCCCAGCUCGCCUGAAUGGUCCCAGGUGGCUUCUGUGCUUGAUUGGCUGCAGGCCAUCAAAAUGGAAAGAUACAAAGAUAACUUCACAGCGGCCGGAUACACCAGCUUGGAAGCAGUCGUGCAUGUAAAUCAAGAUGACCUGACCAGGAUUGGCAUUAGUUCCCCUUCACACCAGAACAAGAUUCUGAGCAGUGUUCAGGGAAUGAGGACCCAGAUGCAGCAAAUUCAAGGCAGGAUGGUUCCUGUUUGAAGCUGCAGGAUGCCAAGGGGGGGAAUGUACUCAGAACUCUUGAAUACAAAAUUAGUUUACCUCAUCCAUGCACUUUAAUUGAAGAACUGCACUUUUUUUACAUUAUCCUCACCCCAUGGGACAAGGACUUUGCAGAAGUAUUUGGGGAUAAGCCGAAACUCAUUUAACUUGGAACACAUUUUUGGAAGAUCGUUUGAAACUUGGUGAAGUGUUUUUGUUUAUGCGAUUUACAAGACUUUAAUCUUCUUCUCAUGGAUUAUUUUACUUGUAUCAUGGAUAUGUCUAAGCAAUCAGAAAAAACAAGAAAAAAAAGGAAACCUUCACCAGUGUGGCGAAGUGAACCAUCUUGUGAUCUGCUGUUAAAGAGACAGAGCAUUCUUGUGGGGAAGGAGGCAGACGUCCUAUCUAUCUAUGAUUGGUUGAUCCUGGAAACUGUCUGUGCUCACUGGCUGGCUGACAGAUUAUUAUUGGAUAGUGCCUGAACUCCUUGUAAAUGAAAGAUUAUAUAUUUGCCUGUGCUUGUGCUGCUAAUGAAUAUCCAAUGUCAAAGAAGGAUAAUAAGGGAUUCUCAUUUGUCUUUCUUCAUCAACCCAUGAGAAACUGGAGCAAGAAGUCAUCAGAGAUCAGAGCCAUUUAUUUUUAGGAACUUCAGAGACGGGUCAGCGGAAUGUCACAGUAGAAUGUUAAAACACCAAUGUUGCUUCUCCAGCAAGAACAUGGAUUUUCUCCAGCACCACAAGAUUCUGCAGGUCUUCCUCUCCAUUUCAUGUCAUGCCUUAUGACUUCCCGAAUGAGUCCAUGUUGUCUACAGCAGUCUUGGUCCAGGAUAAACAAAAUAAUGCAUUGCCUGCAGUAAACCCUUGUUGGGUAUCAUCAAAGAGAAUAAUCAUUUUAAAAAGGGAAUAAUGGCACUUCAGAUCCACAUCCAAACUAGGAUUUUCGUUUUUGUGUUGUGAACUGUGCUUUGCUACAAAGACGUGAAACACUAGUAGCUAUUGCCUGGGACAGAACUAAAUGCCAAAUAACCUUAAUAAGGGACUGAGCAAGUAACGGGCAAGGGACUUUUUUUACGUUUUGGUGUGCCCAUAGAAGAGCAGCGAUGAUGCACUACCAUUGGGGCCAUCCAAUCCUCUCUUGGUUGAGGCCUCUGUAAUAUAACAUUAUAAAAGACUUUCCUUUCACAAUAAGAAAUAUGCAAUUUCACAAGAGAAAAGCAUCUUUACUGGUCAUAGUGACAACCAUAAAGAGUUACCAAAUUAGCAUAUUUAUAUCUAUAAAUUCACUUUCCCAAAAUGUGUUUUUGUACUCAAUGCCCACUUUGAAUUCAGAUUCUUAGAGUUGCAGGAGGGUAACAAUAAAGGGUUAUUUGGAUACACUUGGAACACACGGCAUAAUCCUUAUGUUAGUUUGGAGAGAAAUGUCAGAGCUUAAUGCUACAGUUUCUCUGUGGGUUUUUAGCUUCUCUGUAGAGCUCCUAAAACCAAUGAUGCUAGGACUGUUAUCAGCAAUGAGGGUAAUAAAAGGCUUGUGGUAGCCAUCUGGGUCUUCAGUAGGAAAAGGAAAGUUUUGCAUUUCACAAAUAAGAUCAGGUUUCUUCCAUGCUGUAAAUGUAUAAGAUAUACAGAAGGCACCCAACAUAUGGGGAAACAAUGACAUUUUCUCAAGAAUAAUUAAAUAAAUUGCUCAUACAAUAAACUGCCUUUUGGCAUUGUAUCUGAAAGUUCUUCUAACCCUCAUAAAGUUAUCAGACAUACCCAGCAUUAAAGGGCCAACAUUUGUCAACAGCAUUUGGUCCAACACAUACUGCAGUUCUCCAAACCGUUGAUGGUAGGAUGAUCUGACUGCUUUGGAAAACUGAUGUGGACCAGCCAUUUACAUCAGUAGGAACAUGGACUGGUGGUUGAGAAGAAGACCUAGUUCAGAAACUGUAGCCCCAUAAUGCUUUCUUUGUUACUGCCAAAAAAAGAAAAAGAUUGCAAAUGUAUCCCCAGCAAUAUGUGAAGCCUAAUGGGAGUCAUUAACACUUUUGUACUGGCCCCUUUAGCAUCAAAAAAAGACAUCAUUCAUGCGAUUGGUCUUUAACAGUAUUUUUCUUCCUUGUUUUUAACCCCAGUGAACCUUAACUAGAGAAUUAAAUCAAAAGGGAAAUUUAUAUUUUUUAUGUCACUGCAAAAGAUGAGUAUUAAUUUAGCUUCUACUAAAAUAAGACGUCACAGAGCAUUCUAAUUGGUUCACGUAUUGGUUAAAAAUAUGUAUGUUUGCAGUCCUUUAUUAUUUUGUUUCCCCCCCCCCCCACUUUGUUUUUGCUGGAGGGAAGAGUAACUGGUUCCUCUUCCCUUGUUGUUAGGUACGCAUAACUUAUCUCGUUUAUUUAUGGUCUUUUUAUACCUAGUUUGUAAAAUUGUAAAAUAGAAAAGUUAAUGCAAAUGUUUGCAUUCCGGAGAAAAUAUUAAUAAUGAAAAAAAAAUUUACAAAAAUAAAGUAGUUAAAUAUAA